UUGGGGGGCAGAGUCAAAAGCACACGAGCCUUUAUGGGCAGGUGUGUUACCUGUGGCUACGUCAAGGAAGCGAAACCAAAAAAAAAGAAAAAAGAAAAGAAGGGCUACUCUCCUGGUCCACAGAUGGAAAGUGGAUCAGACGACAGGGAAACACCAUGGAAUAGUUUUUCUUUCCCCCUCGGCUCCGCUCAUCAUUCCUGCAAUCCGCCUUUUGUUGUCGGAGCUUGAGCCCGCAGUCAGAUCCCGCACGGGCUGUGGUAUUUUUUUUUUUUUUUUCCCCUCUCUCUCUCUCAGUGGCAGACGGAGAGAGAGAGAGAGGGAGAGAGAGAGAGAGAAAGGGAGAGAGAGAGAUAGAGAGCGAGAGGGAGAGAGGGAGAGAGGGAAGCGCUUCCUGAUAAUAGAGAGGUGCGUCUUAUUUCCAUUCCAGUGAUUGACUGCGCACGGCUUUCACCGCCGGAGCUGGGGGCACUGACGCAUUGUGGAGUCGACAGGGGGGGGGAAGCAGCACUGCAAAAAAAAAAAAAAAAAAAAAAAAAAAAACCCACGGGUCUUCGCCAACACAACGGAGGCAUCUAUCGGCGAGACCGCGAUGGCCGUGGUGCAGCUCGACACGGACGACCAUCAACCGGAGAACGGCUUCGUGUCCCCCGAAACCACGUCGCCGGGGCUGCUGACACGCAUCGACGGCUCCGUGCUGCCGUUCCUCGGGGGAUUCGGGAAGUACCAGAAACAGCUGAUCGUGCUGACAUGGAUCCCGGCGCUGUUCAUCGGAUUCAGCCAGUACUCGGACAAUUUCCUCCUCGCCCAGCCGAACAACACAUGCGUCCAGCCGCUGGCGAACCUGACCAACGGCGGCGGCGGCAACCACACCGCGGGUCACUCCGCGCUGACGGACGGUCCGAGGCACCAGAAGCCGGCGUUCAUUUACGCCAACGGGAGUUACAGCAGCCACAACGACACGCACAACGCGCAAUGUCAGUGCAGCGAGUGGACCUUCGAGCUGCACACGGGACUCGUGCAGAAUGUGGUCACCAAGUGGAGUCUGGUGUGUGACUCAGCAUGGAAAGUCCACAUCGCCAAGUUUUCUCUGUUGGUGGGAUCCAUCUUCGGAUACCUGGUGUUUGGAAUCCUCGCAGACUGGUUUGGCCGCCACCCAGUGCUAAUCAUAUCGGUGCUGUUCAUGCUGGUGUUCGGUCUGACCGUAGCCUUCUCCGUCAACGCGCCCAUGUUCAGCACCCUGCGCUUCUUCGAGGGCUUCUGCCUGGCAGGGAUCACCCUCUCCCUCUACGUCCUCAGGAUCGAGCUGUGCCUGCCAGGUUGGCGUUUUUCCAUGACCAUGGUGGCCAGUUUUGUGGUGUUGGGUGGUCAGCUGCUGAUGCCUGGAGUGGCAUACCUCUGCCGUGACUGGCAGGUCCUCCAAGCUGUCAUCAUCUGCCCCCUCCUGCUUAUGCUGUCCUACAUCUGGAUCUUCCCUGAGUCACUGCGUUGGCUGCUGGCCACGCAGCAGUACUGUCGCUCCAAGUGGAUCAUGGGACAUAUAGCAAAGAAGAACCGGGUGAACAUGGAGCUCGACGCUGACAAUAUCCUCACAGAACUGCAGAGGGCUCUUCAAAAGAAACCCAAAAAGACGUGCAUCGUCAAAAUGGUCGGGACGAGGAACCUGUGGAAAAAUAUCGUGGUGCUCUGCGUCAACUCGCUAACAGGCUAUGGGAUCCACCACUGCUUCGCCCGCAGCAUGAUGGACAACGAGGUUCAGGAGACGACGAUGUUCCAUAACUUCUAUGCAGAUUAUUACACCAUGGCGGGCAUUGCGGUGGCCUCCUGCAUAGCGCUGUGCCCGGCGGUGGGCCUGAUGGGCCGGCGCGGUGGCCUUCUCAUGUUUAUGAUCAUCACUGCCCUGGCGUCGCUGCUGCAGCUGGGCCUGCUCAAUUUGCUGGGGAAGUACAGUAACCAUCUGAAUAUAGAUAACUCAGGUACGCUGAAUAAGAACUUCUCCGUCGCCUUCUCCAUCAUCGGCAUGUUUUCCUCCCACGCGGUCAGCAACUUGAGCAUCUUCUUCUGCGCUGAGAUCACACCCACUGUGAUCAGGGGCGGUGGUCUGGGCCUGGUCCUAGCCAGCGCCGGGUUCGGCAUGCUGACGGCCCCCAUCAUGGAGCUCCACAAUCAGAAGGGCUACUUCCUUCACCACAUCAUCUUUGCCUGCUGCACACUCAUCUGCAUCAUCUGCAUUCUUCUGCUCCCCGAGACGCGCUACCAGCCCCUCCCUGAGACCCUGGCUGACGGCGAGAGCUACACUCGCCAACCCCUCCUUCCCCCGAGGAAGCCUGGGGAACAGCGUCUCUUGCUGGCUCAAUCAGAGAGCAGCAGGGACUACACCAGGGUGCAUGACACACCCCUCCACGAGGCAGCCACCACUGUCGUGUCCACCAUGGACUCCACCGCCUCUUCAGCUGUCGACUUGACCGCUCCGUCGGUCGCGGAUGUGUCCGCUCCAGCAUUCAUGGAGGUGCACCCCUGCAAGACGCAACCUAAAGACCCCAAUGGUCACUCAGUGUCAUCUUUACCCACGACCGCCCUGGAUAAAGAUGGAGUAAUACAUGCUAGCAAGGAGCACCUGCUGUCUUCUACUCCUUUACACAAACCGUGCAUCACAGACCCACUUUUAGCCGACGCUGAAGAAGCUCCAGCAACAGUCUCGGAUCCUGUUGAUCCACUGAUGAAUUCUGCUGUUCCUGAAAUGAACGACAUCGGUCCUUCCCCGACAAAGGAGUCAGCUGCUGCCCCUGCCCCUUCAGUAGACCCUUCCACUCCCUGUGGAACUGUUCCUGCCUCGUUAUUGAUCUGCACCACACCCAUCAUCGAACCCCCGCCAAGCACCACCUUAGAAUCCCCUGUCCUGCUGGCCAAUGACAUCGAGGGUAUCACCCCGAAAUUCGACGUACCUUUGCACGAGGACGCCCACGUCACGUUAGCAGGCUCCCCUACUCCAUCUAUGCAUGAAAGUCUCCCUCCAUCCCCGGCCCCCUCCCCCGUUCAGAUGACAGACUGCAACACCACCUCUGGCCCUCCACCCUCCAUUAGCCCACACUCUGACAUUCCCAUCCAGUUAGAAAUAGUAGACGAAUCUACAUCUAGAGACUCCCCCGUACCUCUCGUCAUAGACUCCCAACUGCCGCAGUUAGACUCUACCUCUCCCUGUGUUAAUGAUAUAUCUCCUCCUUCCCCUACUCCCCCUAGUCCCAUCUCUGUUUCCCCUUCACCCACUCCCCCUCCCACUCCACCUAUUGACCCCAUGCUCUCAGCAGACUCUUCCACUCCCCCUGUCGUAGAUGUUGUCAGCACGGCUGCGCCGGUUCCUACCAUCCUCCCCGUCACAGACAUUGUGCACACCUCCACUCCGGAAUCGACCACUCUCACAGACAUUGUGGAGCCCGUGCAGGAUUCAUCUGCUCCCCUCGCCAUAGAUCCCAUCACAGAUUCAGGCUCUACAGAAGCAACUCCACCCUCUCUAAUUGACUGCACCGUCUCCUCCCCCAUAGACUCUGGUGUCCUCCCCAUCAGGGAUAGCACCAGCACAGAAAACAACACUGUCAACAGUGUGGCGUCAUCAUGAUGCAGGAAAAAAGAAGCUUUACGGUUGCUGAGGAAGCAGCCCCCAUGCCAGACGAAUGACCGAGAAGGGGGGGUCGCGAACUGUCCUGCUCAGACUCCAGGAGUUGGAGUUGAGUAGACGUGUCUUCUUAGGGAGCCGCUGUACGUUUCUCGGUGUCCCCUCCUUCCCGAAUUUAGCCAAUAAACGAGACCACGCAAGUGAGAGAGUGCCAGAGGCUGGUUUGUGACAAUGUGACAGUAUCUUCUGCUCUUUUCCGAAUGUCACUGGAAAUCACCAGCCUAUAAACUACUUUGAUGUAAAUGAAAUGGGAAAUCACUGUCUGUCAAAGAGACUUACAACUAUACCCACAAUCACUGAGAGGACUGGCGAAAAAUGCAAUGAUGCUAAAAACAAACAAACAAGAAAAAAAAAACUCUAAUCAUUGGUACUUUUCGCUCAAAUCAAGUGUCCAUCUAACAUAUUUGUAUAAAAAUAUCGCCUUACCUGUAUGGACAAACAAAAAAAUCUGAAUGUUACAAGUAUUUUUUGCCGUCACAGAGGUAAACAAUCCAAAUUGGGUUUUUUUUUUUUUUUCUAAAUACAAACGCCAAAAAAACAACUCUGACCAAAAUUAAAUGUAGACAUAGUGCCAAAAAAAAUUUGUGUAAAUGCAGUAUUUGCCUGUUUGGGGAAAUACUGUUUAGUGCAGCCCCCCUGCCAUAGACUGAAAUGUGGCUCACUUCAAUCCACAUAAACAAAUACAAAAGUACUAAAUCAUUUAUCGAAAUGAAUAGAAGACUGAGUGUUGAUAAAUUGGAACUGAAAAUUGAGAAGGCUGAAUUGCUUUCAUCGACACCUGGUUCAUCGUGUGAAACAGCGACAUUUGAGAAAAAGAAUGACCCAUAUUUUGUCGGUCUGAAGAAACUUUUAUUUUUCCAAAACGUUUCGGUCAAUGAAAUAUAUGGUAUGCAAAUGCUUUUAUUUGUAAAUGUGAUAUUGUAAGUAAAUGCCUAAUUAGUUGUUGAGCUUGAUUCAGUCUUUUUUCUAAAAAAAACAAAAACAAACAAAAAAAAGACUAAGUAUUAUUUUGAAUAAUCUCCCAUGGCGUGCCCUUAUUGUACAAACCUAUACUUCAUUCUUACAGUAUUUGUGCCACCUCUGUGUGGUGGCAACUUUAUUCUUUUGCAGUUGGGACAAAAGCAUGAAAAAUAAUCGUGAAACGUAUCAGUAAAACAAAAACCUUAAAGCAAAGCCUUGAAAAGACACAAAAAGCUAUUUUUUUGAAAAAUGAAAACCAGUGGAUGACAAAAUGUUUCGACUGCAUCACUAAACUUCAGUGUGUUUUUUUCUCAAGUCAUGGUUCAUGUAUGUCGGUGUGUUCAUACAUUCACGAGUUUACCUUACAGAAAUGCAAUAGUUCAUACAGUUGUCGAAUUGACAUUUUAAAAUGCAGCUGAAAUCUUUAAAGGGGCAGUAUGUAAGAAUUUUAGCUGAGAACUUCAUCAGAAGCGGCACUUUUUGAAAUUACGACGUCUGUGCGCUGUAGCUGCAGAGAUAUCCGCUGAGGUUAGCGUGCUAACCAGCUAGCCCUGGCCCGUCCUGGUCCAAAGCUCAUGUGCAAGUGGUGUAAAGUUGAACCGUUGCCCAGUCCCCAUGCUUCUAACUGCUAGCUGCAAUGCUAACUGAGCUAAAGCAGCUACCAGUUAGGAGCAGCAUGUUGGUGCCUGGGUGAUAUGCCGCCCCCUGCAGAUUCUUACAUAAUGCACCUUUUUUAAUUAUAGAUAGACAAACCUAUUUAUACUCAUGAAUUUGACGGACUUCUUGCUUAAGGAGGCACUUUCUCUUCCAAAGCCUGCGUCCACAUGUGGACAGCGUUGUACUUGAUUCAAUACUGUGCGUAACUCGACAGUUGUACUUACGCACUUUGUGCAUCAGAGGUUGUAAGGACACACGAUUACUGAUAGACCACUGUUUACAACGAUAAUAAUAAUAAUGCUAAAUAAUAAUAACUACACAUUACUGUAAAACUUAAAGAGCCAACUGAAUGAUGUCUUGUCAUUUCAAAUGUGAUUUAAUAACUCUCCCACACUCGUCAUAUUGCAUUCAUCCAGGAAGUAUUGGUGGAUCCGUGAGGGUGUCGUUCAGGAGUUUGACAGAAGACUUCCUGUUGUUCACACCUUUGCGUUGGUACGCUUUUACGAGAGCCUUACAGGUACUUUUUACUCACCAAAAUUCGAAGUGUGCACUGACAAAAGCUACAUAUCUUUCGGUCUGCUAAUUGAUUGAGCAAACCUUGCUAGUGUUUGUGGUGAGAGCUCUAUUUUCGAUCAUUGCCGCCAACCAACUUCCAUUUCAGCUGGGAGAUUCACCCCAACGUUAAACAUGUAACAUGCCAUGCUGCUAAGCCUCAAAGCACAAUGCCCUGCAAACAUGUGAUGUCAAAUAUUGGUGGAGCUUGGCGUCUUGACAUAAAAAGAAAAAAAAUAAUAAAAAGGGAAAAUGGAGUGGGAUUUUGACUACAGAAACACACAUUAACUUUUGCAAUAGACCCACAUUUAACCUACUUUGUGGAACGGGGUGUUGACACUGGAUUUAAUGAGGAAUUCUUGGCAUCUGCUGUAGCGAGUGUGGUGACUGCAGUGGUCGGUAUUGUCACAUUGCUCGGAGUACUCGUUCUGUUGAUGUGUUGGUGUCUGUCUGUCUCGAUGUGCAUAUUGCAGAAAUCGAACUGUGUAUUGCCAAAAAAGAAAAGCCCCAAGCAACACCAGUGUAAAGACAAAAAAACACAGCACAAAUACAUCCAGUGUCUUCUCUGAGAUCUGUUGCUUCCAUUUUCCACUUUCCACUCCCAUGCAGCUAUUUUACGGUGCUGAUUGGGGCUGUGACACCUGUAUGCAUUUGGUUUGACUUUAUUUGGAGUAAAAAUAUUAAAGUAAAAAGCAAUCCAAAGCAAUGUUAGCACCAGCGGUAGAGGUAGACUUGAAGACAGUGGAAAAGCAAAAAAAAAAGAAGAAGAAUGGGUUAUGCCUUUGUAAAUAGUAAACGUGUGGACUGGACACCCAGUUUUUGAUAAGAUGAAGGAUCAUAGAUCAUAAUGGACUGGUGAAUAGUUCUGAACUUGGUUAGAUAAGAGUCUCAGAGACAUGAAGUCCCUAGUGUACACAUUUCAGGUUUUGCUUCUCUCAACCGUGCGACUCAGAAUCUCUCGAUGGGGAGACUUGAAUGAAUGUAAAAACCAUGGAUUGUACCAUUUAUAAUUUCCAAUUGUUUGGUUUCAUUUUUUGUUUUGUUUUGUUUUAACAAACAUAAUGCACUUGUAUAUAAGCCAUACCUGUUGUUAAAAUAAACCACUAUUUAUUGAUCAACUGUG